AUGUUUGUUGAAUACAAGCCCUGCAUUUUACUGUGUCAAUGGACAAGCACCAGACUUCUUCACCUACUUUCAUCUCUAAAAAAAUACUCAUCACCCCUAUGCCUACCACCACCACAUUCACCACCACCCCCACCAUCACCACCACCACCACCAUCAUCACCACCACCCCCACCAUCACCACCACCCCCACCAUCACCACCAUCAACACCACAAUCACCACCACUACCAUCACCACCAACACCACCACCACUACCAUCACCCCCACAAUUACCACCACCACCACCAUCACCACCACCAUCAUCACCACCCACAACAUCACCACCAUCACCACCACAAUCACCACCACCACCACCACCACUACCAUCACCACCACCACCACAAUCACCACCACCACCACCACCACCACCAUCACCACCACCAUCAUCACCACCACCACCAUCAUCACCACCCCCAACAUCAUCACCACCCCCACCAUCACCACCACCUCCACCAUCACCACCAUCACCACCACAAUCACCACCCCCACCAUCACCACCACCUCCACCAUCACCACCAUCACCACCACCCCCACCAUCACCACCAUCACCACCACAAUCACAACCACCACCAUCACCACCACCAUCACCACCACAAUCACCACCACCAUCACCACCACAAUCACCACCACCACCACCAUCACCACCACCCCCACCACCACCACCAUCACCAACAUCACCACCACAAUCACCACCACCAUCAUCACCAUCACCACCACCACCAUCACCACUACCAUCACCACCACCAUCACCACCACCAUCAUCACCACCACCACCAUCACCACCACCAUCACCACCACCAUCACCACCACAAUCACCACCACCACCAUCAUCUACACCACCCCCACCAUCACCACCAUCAUCACCACCACCACCACCAUCAUCAACACCACAAUCACCACCACCACCAUCAUCACCACCACCAUCACCACCACCACCACCAUCAUCAUCACCAUCACAAUCAUCACCACCAUCAUCACCACCACCAUCAUCACCACCAUCAUCAUCACCACCCCUACCACCACCAUCAUCACAACCCCCACCAUCACCACCACCAUCAUCACAACCCCCACCAUCACCACCAUCAUCAUCA